CAGGCAGCUCUUGUGUCCUGCGUACUCAUCUAUCAAUUUAUGUUUGUGUCAGCUAUGUGUGUGUUGCCAUAUUUCUCACUAUUGGUAACUGGGUUGUUCGCAGUCAAGACUGUGGGUGUUGUAACAAUAACAUGUUAUAACGAUAGUCCAAUGGUCUUAGAUUGCUCUGAUAAAAUAAUCCAUAUCAAUACUGCCAACUAUGGACGUACUGAUGGUGCUAGUACCUGUCCCCAUACACAUGUCAGUGAUACCGAUUGCCAUUCACCAACCAGUCUAUCCGUAGUACAAACCUACUGUGAGGGUCGUAGUUUUUGUUCCGUGCCACUCGAAGGUGCGACGUUUGGUCCCGAUCCUUGCCAUGGAACAUAUAAGUAUCUUGAAGUGGAUUAUGAAUGUGUGACACCAAUACCUGACGUCGUUGAAGUUGGUUGCUUCAACACCAAUACAGACGAUGAUCCCAUUGAGUCUUUGGAAUGCCGAGAUGACCACUUAGUAUCCCACCAUCUGGAGCGUGAGAAUCAUGUAGAGAAGUGUGCCCAGGCAGCUGCAGCUAGAGGGUGGACAACUUUCUCAUUGUUAGAUGGAGGUGCUUGUCACUCAGAUGCCGAUGCAUGUCAGAAUCAGGACAACUUUGGAGAGACGACCGACUGUGGUGAGACUGGGACAUCAACGAAACACGUGGUAUAUGAAAUUAUCCAAAGAGAGAUAGUUUGUCAGGACGAAGUACUUCAUCUCGAGUGCGAUUGUGGAUUCAUUCAUAUAGUGAGUGCUAACUUUGGGCGUAGUGAUCCAUACACAUGUGGAGGUCCUGUUUUGACAACUGACUGCUCGUCCGCUAGCAGUUUCAGUAUCGUGCACGAGGCAUGCGAAAGAAAAACGUCAUGUGACAUCCAUGCGAUUCACACUCUGUUUGGCGACCCAUGUGUAGGCACCUUCAAGUACUUGGAUGUAGAAUACUAUUGUAAUCAGAUUCCUGGGGAACUUGAACAACCUUCAUCGGCAAUAACGUGUUAUUAUGAUAGUCCAAUGGAGUUGAGUUGCAUUGAUCUGUCCAUUCAUAUUUUGUCGGCCAACUAUGGGCGUACUGAUGGAGCUAGUACCUGUCCCCAUACACAUGUCAGUGAUACCGAUUGCCAUUCACCAACCAGUCUAUCCGUAGUACAAAACUACUGUGAAGGUCGUAGUUUUUGUUCCGUGCCACUCCAGGGUGCGACGUUUGGUCCCGAUCCUUGCUAUGGAAUAUAUAAGUACCUUGAAGUGGAUUAUGAAUGUGUUGCCGCUGUUCUCCCUUUCACUGUUAUUACCUGUUACAAUGACAGUCCAAUGCAAUUGGAUUGCUUUGAUAAAUCAAUCCAUAUUGUAUCUGCAAACUAUGGACGUACUGAUGGAGCUAGUACCUGCCCACAUGCGGCUGUUAGUGAUACAGAUUGUCAUUCACCAACUAGUUUGUCUGUAGUACAAUCAGCCUGUGAAGGCAACAACGCAUGCUCUAUAACACUUACCGGUACUACAUUUGGACCUGACCCAUGCGUUGGUACUUACAAAUAUCUUGAAGUGGAAGUAGAGUGCGUAUAA